CUCUAUAAACCAGACCGCUGAUAAACUCUCACUAAAGACAGCACCACUCAAAGGAUAUUUCUCUCUUUUUUGGGGUUUUACAAUGUGCAGAGGACUCGCAGCACUGCCAAACACCUGCCUGGAAAGGGCUAAAGGAUUAAAAGCACGCGUGAGCAGCUUUCUGGACUGGAGACUGCUGUGCUACGCCUACAAACUGAGGAAACCAAGCCUGACCUUUGAGGAAUGUCUGAGGUGGAAAGAGUCGUUUGAAAAGCUCCUGUCCAGCAAACAUGGACUCUAUGCCUUCCGAGCUUUUCUGGUGUCUGAAUUCAGCGAGGAGAACAUCGCCUUCUACCUGGCCUGUGAGAACUACAGGCGCACCAAGUCUCCAGCCAAGCUCCGCUCCAAAGCCCAGAGGAUUUACAACGAGUUCAUCGGGAGUGAAGCGCCGAGAGAGGUUAACAUUGACCACGAGACUCGAGACAUCACACAAGCUAACGUGAAGUGUCCCACAGCAAGCUGCUUCGACUCGGCGCAGUACCGCAUCUACAUCCUGAUGGAGAAAGACUGCUACCCACGAUUCCUCCGCUCAUCAGCAUACCGGGACCUGCUCAGCCAGUUAGCCAAGAAGAACGCUAAAGCUGCCACCAAAAAAGCCUGAAGGACCUUCAAUCUCCAGGACCGGAAAGGAGCCUAAAAGAAGGGGAGAGCUGAAGUUAUGGAAGGGCGUGUCCGUCUGAUGAAGGAAGAAGGUCCAGGCAGCGAGUUGGGAUCAGUAUCGAUCCACCAACAGCACAGGAGGCCUGGAAUUGAUGAAGGACACGGCAGAGUUCAAGGUUAUGAAGAGAACCAUGAGAGAAAGAGAGAGCUGGGAGAAGAUUAUACCACACAGAUCUAACACACACAAUUGUGCCCCACUGAUGGAAUCAAGUGGAUUUGAAUAACCUGGGAUUACUGAGGAGAUUAAAGAGUUUUAGAGAGAGGACUGUGAAGCACCUACACUAAGUUAGAAAAAUAUAUAGAAAAAAUGACAGAAAAAGACAAUCUGGUGGAAACACACCAAACUUACCAACUUAAAUAUGAACAUAGACUUUUUUAUUAUUAUUAAAACUGUAUUUUAAAAAAAAAAACCUUAAUUUUCAUUUAUUUAUUAAUUAAUUUAUUUAUUUCCUUUUUUUUCUUUUUUUCCCACUUGCAAUCUGCUGUUACACUGCUGUAUCGUCUGUGAGAGGAUGCGUGCAAUGAUAUAUGUAUUUUUUUUUUUUUUUUUCAACUUUCUGUACUCUGUCAAACAAAUAUUAUGUAAAUAAAUCUUUGGUUCAGA